GUCAAUGCAUGAGUAGGCAAGCAAUAUUGACGAUGAAAAUUGUGUUUUUGUCGCCCUCAACUUGGAAACUGCGUGUAACGAGCUGAAAUUUCCAAAAGAGCGAAACUUCGAAAGCAGUGUUGUUUAGUAUUUUUAGUGUGCAACACCGCUGAAUAUGAUCUGAUUCCAAUCCAUUCCUUAAGGGUAGAAUAAUUCUGUUAAGACUUCAGUAUGGCAACAGCCGAUGCCACAGCUGGUGCCAUAGGGCCGGACAGUUUCAAGUGGGAAGCCCUACCUCCCAUGCCGACCAAGCGUGUCUACUCCUCGGCGGUGGAGUGCAAUGGGAAACUCUACGUGAUAGGCGGAGUGAGCAUGCACGGUAAUCCUCUGGAUGCCUUUGAGAUGUACGACCCUGAAAAGAAGAAAUGGAACAACAGGUUACCUAAUUUGCCCAAUAAGAGGGGACAGCCGGCAGUGGCCGUUGUCGGGGGUAAGAUAGUGGUGCUCGGUGGAGUAGCAGGAAGCAAGGAGGCCUCGGAUGCAGUGGAUGUGUUCGACACAACGUCUAAGAAAUGGACUAUGGGGAUGAAGACGUUGGGGGAGAAGAUACAGAACAUCUCAACAGUUGUUCAUAAUGGGAAAGUUAUCACAAUCGGAGGCAUGAAAGCAAACACAUCCGCCCUGCAGCUCUGCAGAGUCUUGAACAUAGAAGAGAAUGUAUGGCUUGAGCUGCCCGAUAUGCCGACCGCCAGGUACGGAGCAGCUGCACACAUCAAGGGAGAUGUCAUCUAUGUUCUAGGAGGGAGAAAUGGGAAGUACCCGGUCAUGUGUCUUGAGGUCCUGGACCUGAAGCAAUCUAGAUGGACCAAACUCAAACCUUUAACCAAGCCCAGAGUCUUCUGCUCCUACAUCAUGACUGAUGAGAAGUUCUACUGUAUAGGGGGUCUUCAGGCUGAUGGGAAGGACUUCCAUGAUGAGACGGAGGAAUACGAUGUGGAAAAUGAUGAGUGGACAGAUUUAGAUUCCAUGCCACACGUAAGAGGGGACUUCUGCGCUGGGAUGGUAGCAGGCAAGAUUGUCGUCGUAGGCGGAAUGAGUCGCAAAGCCCUCCCUCUGACGGAAGCAGAGUUUCUAGACGAUGAUAAGACAUGGAAACCCAUAGCUGACUGUCCGGUCUCCAGAGGAUCAGGUACAAGCACGGUGUUCCAGGACAAGCUAGUCAUCAUUGGAGGUUUCACACCUGAGGGUGUCUCCAGUGCGGUGGAGCUGCUGAGCGUAGGGUCGACGUCAGAGACUGCUGAAGCCUCGGAGGCCUCUAGAGGGCAGGCUAGGAGGGGCAAGGGCAAGAGGAGGUGAAGCACACCAUUACUAAAUAUUUAAAAUGUUAUCAUGAAUUGUUAGAGCAAUUAGGGCUUUGUGAAUUACAAAAAUACUUGGCUGAAUGAGGCUUUAUGAAUUACAAAAAUACUUGGCUAAAUGGGUCUUGAUGAAUUUAAUAUAUUGCUUACCGUUAUUUGAUCAAGGCUUAUGAAUUACAAAAAUACCUCUCUGAAUGAGGCUUAAUGAAUUACAAAAAUACUUGUCUGAAUGAGGCUUUAUGAAUUACAAAAAUACCUUUCUGAUAAGGGCUUUAUGAAUAACAAAAAUACCUUUCUGAAUGAGGCUUUAUGAAUUACAAAAAUACUUGGCUGAAUGGGUCUUGAUGAAUUCCAAAAUACUUGUCUGAUCAGGGCUUUUGGAAUUAUAUAUAUUACUUAUUUGAUCAAGGCUUUAUGAAUUACAAAAAUAGCUCUCUGAAUAAGGCUUUAUGAAUUACAAAAAUACCUGUCUGAAUGAGGCUUUAUGAAUUACAAAAAUACCUGUCUGAAUGAGGCUUUAUGAAUUACAAAAUACUUGGCUGAAUAGGUCUUGAUGAAUUACAAAUAUUAUUUUAUAUCUGAUCAGGGCUUUAUGAAUUACAUAAAUAUUUGUCUGAAUGAGGCUUUAUGAAUAACACAACUACUUGUCUGAAGAGGCUUUAUGAAUUACAAAAAUACUUGGCUAAAUAGGUCUUGAUGAAUUACAAAUAUUACAUAACUGAUCAGGGCUUUAUGAAUUACAAAAAUAAUUGUCUGAAUGAGGCUUUAUGAAUUACAGAUACUACUUAUCUGAUUAGGGCUUUAUGAAUUACAAAAAUACUUGUCUGAAUGGGGCUAUGUGAAUUAUGAAAAUACUUGUCAAAAUAGAGCUUUAUGAUUU